AGAUGUAGUCCCUUCAUUCGAACGCGUGCGCCGGAUCCUCGCUGGUGGCGGUAAAAAACUACAAGCCCCAGCAUGCUGUGCGGUGGCGCUCAGGGAGGCGCAGGUUGGGGAGUCGGGCUGUGGCCGUGGGGAGGCAGCACUGACCCUGCUCUGCCCAACGGAGGAUAAAUGGGGAAGAGGUAUUUCUGUGACUACUGUGACCGAUCCUUUCAAGACAAUCUUCACAACAGGAAGAAGCACCUGAAUGGGGUGCAGCACCUGAGGGCCAAAAAGGCCUGGUAUGACCUGUUCCGAGAUGCUGCUGCUGUCCUGCUGGAGGAGCAAAGCAAGAAGCCCUGCAGGAAAUUUCUGCAAACAGGGCAAUGCGACUUUGGGUUCAACUGCAGAUUCUCUCACAUGACAGAGGAGGGUCUGGAGAAGCUGAACGCACAGGUACAAGAGGAAAGGAGAUCAAAGGAGGAAGGAGCAGAGGUCCCAGCUGGCACAGUAGAGGACUGGCUGGAGAAGAGAGCAAAGAGGGUGAGCUUGGCUCAGAGCAACAGUUCCCUGACGGAGAAGACGUUGGUUUUUCAGUACCCCCCUGGCUGGCCUCCAAUACAGGACCUUCCCCCAUCCCUUCAGGCUCCACCCCCUGGAGGAUGGCCAAUCUUACCCAACCUCCAGUGGGGAUGAAGGCUGCAGGGGCGUAGAUGUGUGGAGUUAUGCCUCAUGGAGAAGAGAGGGGCUCUGUUUGCUGUAGGAAAUGUUCAGUAUUACUUCAUAUUUAUUUUUUAAAUGAAUAAAAGUCACUUGAGUCA